AUGGAUACAAAACCACUAUCAAAAGAUUCCAUGCGAUCCACAUGGCGCACGGCAGACCGCUCAGAAUGGAGUCAUGCCCACUGGGCUCUGGAGAUACUCAACGCUCACCCUAUUGAGUUGAACAAAGAGAUCCCCGUGCACCAGAAAGAUGAGAAAGUACCCUUCAUGCCACAGUGGUCCCUGCAGCGCUGGGUACUCUUCUACUCGUCCCUACCACUCCUCUUCCACCAAGCAUAUACAACCUACACCGGCCGCACGCUAGGCCCCUUCGCCACCUUCAACCUAUACUUCUUCGCCUUCAACGCCAUCGUCAUAUACCAAGUGCACGUCCUCCGCCGCAUGGGCCACAUCUAUGGCUUCCUAGACGGCGACAAGCACGAGCGCGACGGCGUGCCAGACGUAGGCGUCGCCAAAGUAGUAGCCUCCCUCUACAAAACGACCGGCUCCCGCCUCGUGCUAGCCACAUACCUCACCUAUAACCGGAACAUGCUCCCCUCACAGAUGAACUGGGCCUGGUUGCCCUUGGAAAUCGGGCUCUACGGCAUCGUCCUCGACUUCUGGUUCUACUGGUACCACCGACUCAUGCACGACGUGAGCUUCCUCUGGAAAUUCCACCGCACGCAUCACCUCACAAAGCACCCGAAUCCCCUGCUCGCCGCGUACGCAGAUCACGAGCAGGAAUUCUUCGAUAUGGUCGGCGUCCCGCUCAUGACAUGGCUCACCCUCCGAACGAUGGGUAUGCCGAUGGGCUUCUACGAGUGGUGGAUCUGCCACCAGUACGUUGCGUUCGCGGAGGUCUUUGGGCAUAGUGGAUUACGGAUGCAUCUGACCGUUCCGUCGACGCUGAGUUGGUUGUUGCAGUGGUUGGAUGCGGAGAUUGUUAUUGAGGAUCAUGAUCUGCAUCAUCGGAAGGGGUGGAGGAAGAGUCAUAAUUAUGGGAAGCAGACGAGGUUGUGGGAUAAGAUUUUUGGGACUUGUACGGAGCGGAUCGAGUCUGUUGCUGAUAAUAUUGAUUAUGCCAAUGUUGCGACUAUGCCACUGUUUUGA